AUAUGAUAAUCGGGUAGACUGGAUUAAAGGCUGGGUUGGCCCUGUCAGGGCAGGUCAAGAUCAAGGUUAUGCGACGGAGGGGACCAGGUCAACACACCAGAGCAUGGUGGUUGGGUAUGAUAGUCUACAGUACUUGUAGAUUAUCGAACUCGGCCCGUGUUCGCUAAAUUAAUUACUGCAUCAGAUCACUGAUUGCUUGGCACCACUCGUACAAGUACUCGAGUAUAGGGGGCAUCUCAAGCGUUUCUGGGCCCGUUUUCAAUGCCGGGUUCCGGGAUACCGGCACCGUAUGUGGUCUGAUACGGUACUCGAGUACGAGUCGAAAGCGCAUGAUGCACGUAUCAAACCGGUAUGCCAAGUUAAACCAAAAUCUUGCUGAAACGAGAGAGGUGAAAAUGCAUGAAAAUACGAGUGAUCCCGACGCAGCGUGACACAGAGAGUGCCGGAUCUUCCACCUCGGCGGAAGGGUAAGGGUUCAAAAAUGUUCUAAAAAAAAAAAAAGACUGGCGGCGGGAGAGUGGAAAAAUAGAAUGGAAUCUUUUUCCUGCACCCGUGUGUCAGCUUCGAUAGUGUCAAGUUUCCUCCUCUCUACCGGCCGAAGCUUGAUCGAUUUAUCGCGGGCGUUAUCGUAGUCUAGGACAGCCCGCGGACCACCGGUGCGGUUCAAGGACAUCAAGAGCCCCAAAUCAUCGUGAUGCUCGCGACCACCAUCAUUGUGCUUUGAACCUGAUCUGAAGUGCUGCAACCGGGGGUUUUUUCCUGCACAUUUAAUGAGAGGGUCUUGGGCAAAAGGAUAAAACGCAUUUGUAUAGAGUGGCAUACGGGACCGGUAAGCAGGCACCUCUCAGCUUACAAAAGUUAAUCUUAGGAAGGCGUCUGUUAACGUUAGGAGCUGACAAGGGGACUCCUGAGAAGGAGAUACUUCAUCUGUCCGUCGUCCACCUUCAAGUGACCUGCCUCCAACUGGGAGAAGUGAUCCUCUCUGAUCUUCACUUCGGACCUUUGCGUUCUCCUCCCGUCUCCAAGAAAACCCUCCAAAUACCGGUACCUCCUUUUCAAAUUUGGUUUCGGACACGGUGUCUAAUCUACCGCUGUCCUGACUUCAAUUUUAUUGGCCCUCAUUACUCCUCUCUUUGUCCGGCGUCCUUACCAUCUGAGUUCGUUGGAUCUGCCUUUAAUUCGGAGGUGUUGGGAGGUCCCUUGUAUUUAUUAAUUUCUCGGCAGGCGAGCGGCGCCAAACUUUCGUUACUGGCCCCUGGAGUACUUGUAGAAGCUUGAUCCGCGUCUUCCCCUUUUCUUCCUUUUUUUCCCACCCGUUUACAGUACCGUACCGUAUCCCUCUCCCGAGAGCCUCCUCGCAACCUCAAGCGGCUAGAAGCCCCUCAAAAUCAAAAGGAUUCCUCCUCCCUCUCUUUUCCUUUCCUUUAGUUCACUCCCUCUCACCCGUAAUCGCUACCGCAUGCAUUCUCUGCCCCGAUGAUGUCCAGGCACUCUCACGCUUACUCCAACGGCCAUGCCUACGGACCAAGCAACACAUUCUCUAUUUCACCACACAGGUACUACAAAACUCAAACUAGUUUCACCGGUCAAACUUUGCUUAUUUGUCGUUAAAAAAAAAAUCAUCAGAUUUCAGCCCCGCACACAACCCGCGCUACGAUGGCGACGGAAGAUUCUCUUUAGGAUAUGCUCGAUUUCUACCGUCGCCGCCGUGAUAUUGCUCCUCAUCUUCCCUUCGUUCCGACAGCUCCUCCUCCCGUCACUGGGCCUGUCGGCGCUCUUGCGGGAUGAUCCCUUGAUAUCCACUGUCAAGCACUACGAUCUCUCCAACGCUCAGGGGUCCGCCCGUGGUUGGGAAAAGGAUGAGAGGAUACUCAUGUGUGUGCCACUGCGUGAUGCUGAGGUCCAUCUCCCCAUGUUCUUCUCGCAUUUGCGGAAUUUCACGUACCCUCAUCGCCUCGUCGACCUUGCGUUCCUGGUGUCUGACUCGAAGGACCGCACCUUGAUGUUGCUCAAAGAGCACUUGGAAAAGGUGCAAGCUGACCCCGAUCCGCUUCAGCCCUUUGGAGAGAUUUCCGUGAUUGAGAAGGAUUUUGGGCAGAAGGUCCAACAAGACGUUGAGAAUAGGCACGGUUUUGCUGCGCAGGCCAGCCGUAGGAAAAAAAUGGCACAGGCCCGGAAUUGGCUCUUGAGCGCUACGUUGAAGCCUUACCACUCGUGGGUUUAUUGGAGAGAUGCCGAUGUGGAAACUGCUCCGCCAACUAUCCUUGAGGAUUUGAUGAGACACAACAAGGACGUCAUUGUUCCGAGUAAGUCUUCCUGUUGUCUUGGCUCAGUGUUACAGUUCGCCUCAUCACCAAACGAUGCAAACCCAUGUACUUGCUACUCCAGAGGAUUCAAUUCCUACGAGACAAUCACUUUAGCACUAAUUUUGAUUAUCCAUUUCUUCCCCUAAUUACCACACCUGUGCCUGAUUACCCCACCUCUUGCACAUGCCGGGAACGCUAAUUGUAUGGUUCCAACAAAGAUGUCUGGCGACCGCUUCCUGAUUGGCUUGGAGGCGAACAACCCUACGAUCUCAAUUCCUGGCAAGAGUCCGAGACUGCCCUUGCGCUUGCUGAGACACUCGAUGAAGAUGCCGUCAUCGUCGAGGGAUAUGCCGAAUACGCCACCUGGAGACCUCAUCUGGCUUAUCUCCGUGACCCAUAUGGUGAUCCUGAUGUCGAGAUGGAGAUUGAUGGAGUCGGAGGUGUCAGUAUCCUUGCAAAAGCACGCGUGUUCCGAACUGGUGCACAUUUCCCCGCAUUUUCCUUUGAGAAGCAUGCCGAGACUGAGGGUUUUGGAAAAGUUAGUGGCUCAUGCCUUUCGAUCUGACCUCUUCGCUAACUUUAUAAUAGAUGGCAAAACGCCUGAAGUUCUCAGUUGUUGGGCUCCCACAUUAUACCAUCUGGCAUCUUUACGAACCCUCAGCAGACGACCUUAAGCAGAUGGAACGCAUGGAGGAAGAGAGACUCGAGAAGGAGGCUAGGGAGCAGGAGGAAGUUGAGCGUGCAAAGAGAGUUAGUGAGAGUUGGCAAGAUAAGAAGGGCGAGUGGGAACAAGAUAAGAAGGAAAUUCAAAAUAAGGCCUUAGAAAAGAGUAGGGAGCGAAGGGAGCGGAGAGAGCGUGGGGAGCGUGGGGAGCGAAAACCUCUCGAAGGGAGUGAGCAAGGACCGCAUGCACAUGCUGGUGAGGAGGAAGCAGAAGCAAAGAAGGGAGGUGGGGGGAGCAAUGUAGGCCUCCGAACCUAGCCGGCUUGUUUGAUCGUUUGUUGGUUCACGAAUCCGUACUAAAAACCUUCACAGGCCGAGGCAAAUGGCAUUGACGCUGCAGAUGAUGCAUAGGUGUCAGAAUAUCUUGAUCAGGAACGGUUUAGAUUGGGUGUCAGUGGGUAUUUUGUGAACUGGUUUGAAACGAUGUAUCUUUGGUUUGUUUGCCUUUGUUUUUUUCUUAAAAAAAAGGGGGGGGGGGGUCAUUUUCUACCUUUCAUUGUAUCUCAUUGCAACCGCACCCUUUUCUUUCCACUGGGCCGGGAGAGAGGGCCCAGUGGUCAUGGACCACGGGAUAUAAAAAUAUAUUUCAAAGUACUUGUAGUGUUUAUUUUAUUUUUAUUCUCUUUUCCUUUUUGUUCGUUUAUCUAGAUGGUCGGGUUAUUGAUUGAAAUAACGGUGUUAUGAAGAAUUUAU